AGAAACCGUUGCGAUGGUUUGGAUUCAUUGGUGGCUGGAAGUUUAUUGAGUUAUAGUUGUAGUCUUGUACAAAGAAGGAGACAACAGAAUAAAUCCAUUGAAUUACAGGUUAGAAUUCAUAUAAUUGUAGGUUCAGCGGAAGCAUGGACGAGUCGGACUGUAAUUUGCCGUGACGCAACCUUCAACUACAUCGCUGACUGAUUGUCCAGGCGAGAACCCUCCAUCCUAGCAUGCUACUCUAGUAGACACCGAACACUCUUUGACUUGCCUAUUUGAUUAAACCUAUCCACCUUUUCCCCUCAUUGUUAUCUUUCUUUUUUAUUCAUCUGGCAAGCAAACAAAACAACAAACAACAUGGACUACUCGACUCGUUUCACCCUGGCGGCAAUCGUCUUUUUGCUCUUAUCGUUCGUGGCAAUUGCCACACUGGUCUACUUUCUUCGCAAGCUUACUGUGGAAUAUGCCAAACUCAAGUCGGAUGGAGUCGAAAAGCAUUGGUGGCGUUUUGUGCUUCCAACGAUUGUUGCUAUUGCGGCUGCCGUUUGGUUGGAUUGGGAAGGCCAGGUGUGGUGGGACUACGUUUACUUUUUCCUUGUCUGUAUUGCCGUGCCCAUGGGCGUGACGUUCUUUGUGUUGAAGGAAACGUUGGAAUCCAAAAAUGAACGAAUGCUCAUGUUGGCAGCCCUCUUGUUCUUUUUGAAUGCAUCUAUUUACUCUUGCAUGUGGUACUGGCAUUAUCAUCAAGCACACGCCGAAGAAUAUGAAAGCGGAGAGAUUGAAGAAAACCCACACAUUUCGCAUUUGUACUGGUUCCAUAUCCCUCUAUGGGUUGUCACGGGCCUGGUGGCGGCAAGUGCUGGAUUUGUCUGGCGUCGUGAACAGCGCAAGGAAAACAAUGAACUCCUUCCUUACUACGGAGCUUAGCUAGUUGAUGGAAAAACACACAAAGCUCAACACAAACGCAAGACUACACAAACUCAAUGGUAUGAUGAAGUAUGAUAUCGCCUGUAGAGGCAGCAUGGCACUGUAUCCUUUGACAACAAUAAAAAUUGAUGUAAAGCAUAAUAAAGCAACCAAUCAUUCUUGGC